CUUCUUUUUGCUCUAUUGCCAAUAAUAAAUGCUAUGGAGGGUCAAAGAACACUAUUACGGCACUGUAACGACGAUGGCGUGUGUCACUGCGACUGGCGGUUAACUAUUUACGGCUGCGAAGAAUCAAGACCAAUGUAUUAUAUCUAUGUUGUCAACAUUGCCCUUUCAGGACCUUUACUAACGCAUGUUAUCACUCUCGCAAAAGGCAUUGGUUUACUUAUACACCGCAUAUUCAUUAAAGGCCAUCGGUUGUGGGAUUACAGUCGUGGACCUUCCAGGGGCUGCUUACGACCCAAACCAGUCGACGCGAUGCUGUUCCUACUAACUCUUUUUAAUAUACUACGACUGGUUAGCAGCGUUAUUCUUGUGGCGGACAUCGCACCUGAUAACUUGAUUGCGCGCUCAUUUGUAUUCGAGAUACCUUGGCAAAUCGGCGUCGGAUCCUUCACCCUUUACUUGGUUGGCAUUGCACAGACCUUGGCUGAGAGUCAUAAAGCCAUUUCCAGUGGAUGGCUUCCUUCGCCUGUCAUUGUUGACCUUGCCGGUACCUGGCUCUUUUUAUGGCCAUUUGUAGUCCAUAAUAUCUUUUCCAUUGUAGCCGGGGCCUAUGCCGAUAAGAACUUGUGGAUCGCCGAGCUCUUUACACGUCUUUUGUAUGGUUUCUGGUUUUACAACAACGCCACAAUCAGUGCGGCUGUAUUUUUUGCUGGUUAUCGCUUAGUCAGAAUCCUCAAGGGCCAUCUGUCCAAGUUCAAGGAAUCAUCAGGUCCACGUUAUAGCGCUGUAAAAACCGGUAUUUUUAAGAUCCAAGCUAUUGUGGUCAUCAUUAUUAUAUGCCUCAUGACAUUUGCCACCUUUCUGCUACUCUACGGCAUUCUUCGCGAUCAGAUCAUGACCAGCACGGCCGGCAGCGUCUUUCUUGGUGUUGUGUGGCAGUAUUUGGGACCGCUAGCAACUGUAUUUGUCGAAGCGGCCAUCAUCAUCAAUCCGACAUUUGAGAAGAAUGCAGCACUUGGCACCACGAAUUCAUCAAGUGGCAGUGGGCCCCCUAUUAAAUCAUACAACACUACGACGCAUGACGACUCCACCAGCUAUGGUCAAUCGACAACAAUGUUUUCUAAUAGUGACGAUCCUGAUUUAGCCAAUACUGUUGCCAUGAGCGACCUAAAAGUGCAGCAGCUGCAAUAUCAACAAGUAUUCCAAAAACACGCAGUGGGUGGACGUAAUACUUUGGCAGCCACCGGCUCACCCAUCUUGGAAGAACAAGACCACGUCUACUACAAAACCACCCCAUCUCACGAAAAAAUCGAACUCGAUCAUGGCAUCGAUUCCCCUAUGGACGAUGACUACGACGAGAAGAAAAGACAAAACACAGAUGAUAGUGGAUCAUCCAAGUUUGAGUUGAUCACUUAAGCUAUCUAUCUCCCAGGAUCCGAUAACAAUUAAUAGCAGCAAGAACACAUAACUAACUAUUACCCUUUUACUGUACUUACUUUAUAAUUACGUUACUUUUAUAUUUUACUUCUUCACUCUUCUUUUAAUUUAUUACUACCAGUUUUGCUAUGAUAUCUAGUUACACAAUUUACACAUGCUUUCAUUAAUGAAACUCGUCCACAACAAUCUUACUGUUCUGGAACCUGACUAUUUGUCCCACCGUGUGAUUGUGUCAGCAAUAGCAACCCCCUACUAGCGUCAUCUUGCUGCUGCUGAUGUUUUCAUUCCCUUCUCCUUACGAAUCCCUCGUCGUCUACGGAGAAAAGCGCUCAAUGAUGCCCUCUAACA